CUGUUUCGUCUGAAUCGAAGCUGCACACAUUUUCCUCUGAUCUCACGGAGACGGCGACGGAAGAAUGCAGUUCUUCGGUGGAUCGGAGAUAAAUCCGUCGCCACAGGUUCCGACGGCGAGUGGAAACAACGCGCACAUGAUGUACGUUUUCAACCGUAACGGCGUCUGUCUCCUCUACAAAGAAUGGAACAGGCCUCUUCACACGCUCAACCCUCAGCAAGACCACAAGCUCAUGUUCGGUCUUCUCUUCUCCCUCAAAUCUCUCACCGCCAAGAUGGAUCCCGUCAAUGCGGAUAAGGGGAAUCUAGGUGUUCCACAGUUGCCAGGACAAGGGUGCUCUUUCCAUAGUUUUCGAACUAAUACUUACAAGCUUAGCUUCAUGGAGACUCCCUCUGGUAUUAAGAUUAUCUUGGUAACUCAUCCAAAGACUGGAGAUUUACGUGAGUCCCUAAAGUACAUCUACGGUUUAUACGUUGAAUACGUGGUGAAAAAUCCUAUCUACAACCCAGGAUCUCCAAUCAAGUCAGAGUUGUUCAACACUGCACUUGACCAAUAUGUGAGGAGUAUCUCAUAGUGUUGUGCAUUACAAGAUUUGGCAAUUGGAACUUCUCUGACUGCUUCACAUAACUUUUGUCUUGAACAAAGUCUACGGAGAAGAGAGACUUUUUCUCUGUUUUUCUCUGCGAAUGUAUGUUUUGCUUACCCUUUUUAACAUAGUGUGAUGAGAAGUUAAUGUUUCAUUGGAUUGUUAUCAAGAUGAUUUAUUCGAUCUCAUGCACUUUGGGGACUGUGAUGUGAUUUUCUACUCAUUAAACACUUUUUUAUCUUUCUUUUU